GGUUUACUUUUAUGAACCCUAAACCUAAAAAUCGUUGUUGUCACUGAUUGGGGCUGUAGGAGGAGCUGUCGCCCGUGCCAAUAGUUGCGAAGUCAGAAAAAUGCCGAAGCAAAUUCAUGAGAUUAAGGACUUCCUCCUCACAGCCCGUAGGAAGGAUGCGCGUUCUGUGAAAAUCAAGCGGAGCAGAGAUGUGGUCAAGUUCAAGGUUCGUUGCUCCAAGUACCUGUAUACCCUCUGUGUUUUUGACCUUGAGAAGGCCGAUAAGUUGAAGCAAUCACUUCCUCCAGGUUUGAGUGUGCAAGACCUUUGAAUAUCGGGUACAAUAUAAGGGACCAAUUUUGUUUGAAUUUGUGCUUUAUAUUUGCGUUUACCAUUUCGUUGCUUAUCAGCAAAGGAUUAGAUUAUGAUUAAUGUAAUGAACAAUGCAAAAGGAUUAGAUUAUGAUUGAUGUGAUGAACAAUGCAAGUUGACUUGACGCAGUUUAUGCUUUUUGUAGCUAAUUUCAUAUAUUAUUAUGGAUAAAACUUGGUUAAUUUUAUUAAUCUUUCUGGUUG